AUGGCCGCGCUGCCGGAGCUGCUGCGCGCGGCCGCGCUCGCCCUGCUGCUCUGGGCUGGUUUUUGCUCUGCUGUGUGUGUUGAAGUUCCUUCAGAGACAGAGGCUGUCCAGGGGACACCCAUGAAGCUGCUCUGCAUCUCCUGCAUGAAGAGGGAAGAGGUCACAGCCAGCACCGUGGUGGAGUGGUUCUACAGGCCCGAGGGUGGAAAAGACGAGCCCAUCUACGAGUACAGGAAAACCAAUCAUGAAUUUCCAAGUCGCUUCAGUGGUCGGCUACAGUGGAAUGGGAGUAAAGACAUGCAGGAUGUGUCCAUCACUGUGUUAAACGUGACCUUGAAUGAUUCGGGUAUCUACACCUGUAAUAUCACCCGGGAGUUCGAGUUUGAGAUUCACCGACCUCUCUUCACGAGCUCCCGACUCAUCCAUCUCACCGUGGUGGAAGAGGCUGGAGAAGACUUCACUUCGGUCAUCUCUGAAAUUAUGAUGUAUAUUCUUCUGGUUUUCCUCACCUUGUGGCUACUGAUAGAAAUGGUCUAUUGCUACCGGAAAGUCUCCAAGGCAGAGGAGGCUGCGCAGGAAAAUGCGACAGACUACCUUGCAAUUCCAUCAGAAAACAAGGAAAACUGCGCUGUGCCUGUGGAGGAAUAGCAAAGAGGAGACAGUGCAACAAAUGGCAGCAAGGGACUUUGAAGACAGAAGGACUACAUCAUGCCAGCCAGGUUUGGGAGAACUCUGUGCUGUCGGGAGGAAGUCCGGGGAAGUGUGAACUCUCUUCCAUUUGUCUUGGACUCAGUACAACCUUGACUUUGGCUUCCUGACUCCAUUCCGAGCUGUCAGCCCACUUGUUAAAGGACUCUUCUUUGAAGCGUGCCGAGCAAAGGGUGCAGGGGUGCGGGCAGCACAGCUCCUUCCCAAGUUGCAGUCCCAUCGUCACAUCAAUGGCUUUGUAAAUAUUAGUGUCAUUUCUUAUCUGCUGUGACUAUCACCACUUGUUUUUGCAAAAUAUGCUCUCAUCUCUCCACUGCAGAGGUAAAGGCUGUGUCACGUUACUCUGA